UCUGUUUUUGUACACAGAAUUUCGUGUUUAUUUAUCGAUUUAAAUGAAAAAGUUGUACCAGCACGUCGUGUCUACGAUGCUUAGGAACUUUGAAGUUGAUUCCCAGUGAAUAAAAAAGACUUGCACUAUCACUACACUACUUCGACUGAAACUUGUUAUAGUUGAAACUAUAAAGGUGCUGGAAGGUGCUUUCAUAUUUCAUCUCUCACGUUCUCACGGUGACCAGCUUGCAGAAGCACGAUACAAUGUCACUAGCAACUGCAAUGGAGGCAGAGGAGGUUUGUGUGAAGACGGAGCCCGGAGAGGUGUGUGUGAAGAUGGAGCCUGGAGAGGUGUGUGUGAAGAUGGAGCCCGGAGAGGGGUUUGUGAAGACAGAGCCUGGAGAGGUGUGUGUGAAGAUGGAGCUUGAAGAAGUGUGUGUGAAGACAGAGCCUGGAGAGGUGUGUGUGAAGAUGCAGCCCAGAAAGGCGUGUGUGACGGAGCCCGAAGAGGUGUACAUGAAGACGGAGCCUAGAGAGGUGUGUGUGGCGGAGGUGCAGGUGCGCGAGGACAGCGCGCGGCGCGGAGUGAGCGCGGCGGCCGCGCAGGCCGGGCUGUACACCAACCACGAGGUCAAGGACGAGCUCAUUCUGGGCUCCGAAGAGUGGCACGGACCGCAAGUGCUCCCAUUACCAGUGUGUUCGGACGGCAGCGCCGCCCGCGCCAGGGAACAGCUCGCGAUGGCGGACUCCGUGGGACACGAGCGUCUCCGCGGCGACGCGACAGCUCACAGUGGAGGGAAACCAUAUGGCUGCGAACACUGUGACGAACGUUUUAUAAAUAAAUCCGCUUUAAAGAAACACAUGCAGUGUACACACUUAUCAUCAGGACUCAAGAAAUUUGCUUGUGAUUUUUGUAGUUCUACGUUUCAAACCAAAUUACUUGUAAUAGAACACAAGAAAAGCGAACACGGUGUUAUAAAGUUCAUCUGCGCUGAAUGUGAGUACACAACGUGCUCUAAGAAAGGUUUAGAGACUCAUCUAAGGAGUCAUUACAAGAACAAACGCAAAGAAAACUUACGGACUCACCAAACAACUAAAGGUAAGCCGUACAAUUGUAGUCACUGCGACUACAAGUGCAGUAAAAAAUCAGACUUGCAAAGACACCUGCUGAUACACACUGGAGCGAAGCCAUUUAAAUGUAGCAAUUGCGAGUACAGGUGCAGGCAGAAAGGACAGUUACGAGUUCACCAAAGAAUCCAUACAAAUGAAAAGCCUUACAGUUGUAGCCAUUGCGACUACAAGUGCAGUCAUAGUUCAGCCUUACGAGUCCAUGAGAGGACACAUACUGAGGCAAAGCCAUUUAAAUGUAGCAAUUGCGAGUACAAGUGCAGGCGGAAAGAUACCUUGCGAGCUCACCAACGGGUACACACAAGAGAGAAGCCGUACACUUGUAUUCAUUGCGACUACAAGUGUAGUUAUAGUUCAAGGUUACGAGUCCAUCUAAAGGUACAUACUGGUGAGAAACCAUUUGAGUGUAGCCACUGUGAUUACAAAUGCUGUCAGAAAUCACACCUAACAAAACACCUGUUGACACAUAGUAAGGCAAAGCCAUUUAAAUGUAGCAAUUGCGAGUACAGGUGCAGGCGGAAAGAUGCCUUGCGACUUCACCAAAAGGUACACACUAAAGAGAAGUCCUACACAUGUAGUCAUUGCGACUACAAGUGCAGCAAUAGUUCAGCCUUACGAGUCCAUGUAAAGGUACAUACUGGUGAGAAGCCAUUUGAGUGUAGCCACUGUGAUUACAAAUGCAGUAGGAAAUCACAUUUAAAAUCACAUCAGAGGAUGCACACUGGAAAAAUACCUUGAAAAUGUAGUAAUCGUGACUACAGUGCAGCGGUAUAGAGAGUCAACCAAAUCUUGAUGAUUGAAAAAUGGAGGGCUCAGCAGCCAAUUGUCUUAAUAAAACGCGUGCCUCCCUAAACCUUGACGUUGGCGGCAUCUUCAACGAGCCAUAACUCACAUUGAUUGAAAAUACCUACAAGCGAGGGUUGAAUUUCCAUUGAAAAUUUGAAUUUGGGGCUUUUUUAGUGCCAAGAUUUGGUUGAACGGUUGGAAGACACGAAAUGACACACACUGGCGUGAAGCCUUUUGAUUUGAGACAAGCCACUCUGAUAUCAAGUAAUGUUGAAACGCGCACCUAAUGAUACAUGUAAUUUAUCAUUUGAAUUUAUUUUAGCCUGGCAGCUUGAACAUGUCAUGCUCGCUUAAAAGUCUUUGCUUAAGGUGGCGUCGUUGAUCGGGUCGCCACUUUCCCGAAUGAAGGUUGAGGGAGGCGAUGGCUGUGAUACGCGUCAUGCUCGUGAACGGGUGCUGUCUGUGAAGACCGGUCUGUUUAAUCUACCAGGGGCUAUUAAAACGAAUUAGUAACUUUAAUCCUGAUUUAUAUUACACGCUUACCUCGGUU